AUGGCGGCCUCCACCAUGUCUGUUUGCUCUGACGCUUGCACUACCUCCUCCUGGCAGGUGGAUGACUGCCCAGAGAGCUGCUGUGAGCCCAGCUGCUGUGCCCCCAGCUGCUGCCAACCCAGCUGCUGCCAGCCCAGCUGCUGUGCCCCCAGCUGCUGUGCCCCAGCCUCCUGCCUCACCCUCGUCUGUACCCCAGUGAGCUGUGUGUCCAGCCCCUGCUGCCAAUCUUCCUGCUGCACACCCUCAUGCUGCCAGCAGUCUAGCUGCCAGCCAGAUUGCUGUACCUGCUCCCCCUGCCAGCAGCCCUGCUGUGUGACCCUCUGCUGCAAGCCUGUCUGCUGUACACCCAUCUGCUCUGGACCAUGCUGCCAGCAGUCUAGCUGCCAGUCCUCAUGCUGUCAAUCCCCCUGCUGUGUGCCUGUCUGCUGUACACCCAUCUGCUCUGGGUCAUGCUGCCAGCAGUCUAGCUGCCUGUCCUCAUGCUGCCAGCCCUCCUGCUGUGUGCCUGUGUGCUGCAAGCCUGUGUGCUGCAAGCCCUGCUCCAGCGUGUCCCUGCUGUGCCGCCCUGUGUGCAGACCUGCCUGCUGUGUGCCCACCUCCUCCUGCUGUGCCUCCUCUUGCCAGCCCAGCUGCUGUCGCCCAGCCUCCUGUGUGUCCCUGCUGUGCCGCCCUGCCUGCUCCAGACAGGCCUGCUCUGGCCAGAAGUCCAGCUGCUGAUGGAUCUACCCUGCGGAUCCCU